UCCCCCUACAGCCGCCCUGGAUUCUCUCUGCCCCCCAACCUUGGAGGACCCCAACCAACCCCCUCCAUCCCCUAUGGGAUCCCCUAUAGGAUCCCCUAUGGGAUCCCCUAUAGGGUCUAUGGGGUCCCCCACCCCACAACCAGCCCGGAAGAGGCCUCGUCUCCACGUCACCCCCCCCCCGGGGGUCCCUUCUAUCUCCAAGUCCUCCAACGUCUCGUUGGUUUCUCCCCAACCUCCAGCAUUGAUCCCUAUGGAGGAAUUCCUGGACGAUGAUUGGCUGGAGGAUGACGUGGGGGGCGGGGCUAAGAAGAAGAGGAGGGCCAAUGGGAGGAGAGGGGGAGGGGCUAAGGGGGGCGGGGGACCAAUGGGAGGGCUUGGAGGACCUAAGAGAGGACCAAUGAAAGGGGUUGGAGGACUUAAGCGGGGCGCUGGAGGACCUAAGGGGGGACCAAUGGGAGGGCUUGGAGGACCUGAGGAAGGACCAAUAGGAGGGCUUGGAGGACCCAAAGGGGGGGUUGGAGGACCUAAGGAGGGACCAAUAGGAGGGCUUGGAGGAUCUAAGGGGGAACCAAUGGGAGGGCUUGGAGGACCUAAUGAGGGGGCUGGAGGACCAAUGGGAGGGCUUGGAGGACCAACAGGCGGACUUGGAGGACCAAUGGGAGGCGGCCAUGAGAGCAAUGAGAAGGUUCCCCCUGUUGCCCCCCCCGCGUUGCCCCCCAUCCGGGUCAGGGUCCGUGUGCAGGAGCUCGUCUUCCUCAUCCCCGUCCCACACGGAUGCUCAGUGUCCUGGCUGUGCUCCCAGGCCGCCCAGCGCCACCUCCAGGCCGUGGGGCUGCAGCCCCAUCUGGCCCUACAAAAAGAUGGCGCCCUGCUCGACCCCACAGACCUCGUGGCCGACGUCCUACAGAGCGGAGACGAGGUGCUGUCCGAGGUGCUGAACUGGGAUCUUCCCCCCGUUACCGGAUCUUAUCGCCGGGCCUGCGAGGAGCCUGGGAUAGGUAACAUGGCGGCCCCUUAA